AUGUUAUCUGCGCAUAGAUUGAAGCUCGUAUGCAUACCAUGUACGUACUGUCGAAUGUAUGCCACGUCUUCAAAUGACUUCAUCGACCAUCAUAAACGUCUCGACCUACAUGGUUGGCCAACUUCGAAAACCCCCACACCAUACGAAGUAUUUGGAUUAUCAUCCAAAGACAUUGGCAUGUCGCGCAUUGAGUUGAACAAAGUAUUGAAAUUAAGAUACGUGAAACUUGUCAAGAUAUACCAUCCAGAUACCUCCUUAGAUUUGACUGAUAAUUAUGGCAAAGCUCUUAGUGAUGAGCAAAAAAGGAAACGGUUCGACUUAAUUCAGGAAUCGUACGAUAUUCUACGAAACGCCAGGAGGAGAGUAGCAUACAAUCGAUUCAAGACCACGUCAUGGGAACAACAGGGUCCUUAUAAUCCUAGCUCUGAGCCUUUUUCCAAGGAAGGUUUUGAAGCUUACCGAAGAGCAAAUGCACAUCGUGCGAGGUAUGAUUUCUCGAGGGAUGAAGCCUUUUGGCUGGCAGGAACCUGGAACGACUAUUACCAGAUGAAGUAUCAACGGCCACCACCCACGAAGGAGGAUUUAGAGAAGAACAAAUACAAAAUCUUGUUUGGUGUGUUGGCAAUUGGUGCCCUAGCCUUUGGCUUGCAGAUUAUGAGUGCUAUUGACAGAACAAAUCAGUACUUGGUGGAGACCCACAAGAUGAAUUUGAAGUCGAUGAGAGAUUUGAAUCAAAGCUAUGAAGGAGAUGGCUCGUAUUCAGAAGCCGAUAACGUGCGAAAGUUCUUAAUUGGUCGAAGAACAACAAUGCGGCUGAAAAAGGACGAAUUUAGAGAGGAGGAGCCUAGUGAUGACGAGUUGUUGCACAAGUAUGCUAAAGGCAGGGUGGACAAAUGGGACAGACAGGAACAAGAGUGGAAUCAAAGGCGACAAAGUAGUUCAGAUCUAGGGCUCAACUAA